AUGCCGAGCUCUUCCAACCCAGCUAACAAGGCAGGCGUUCCUCGCUCUGGUCUCGUUUGGGGCAUUAACCGUGGUCACCAAACCAAGCGUCUGGUCCCUGCGACCAAGCGCGUGAACAAAAAGGGUGUUGCAUCUGAGCGUGUCAAGUCUGUUCGGGGCGUGAUCCGUGAGGUGUGUGGCUUUGCUCCGUACGAGCGUCGCGCUAUGGAGUUGAUCCGUAACUCAAAGUGGGACGUGCAACAAGUGGAUAAGCGUGCGCGCAAGUUCGUCAAGCGCCGUAUUGGUACCAUGCGCCGUGCUAAGAUUAAGAUGGAGAUCCUUACCAACGCUAUUGCGGAGCAGCGCCGUGCUGGUCACUAA